CAGGAAGCAUUCCUUUAGCUUUUCACUUAUCCGAAGAUAGACUACGAACGGUUUCGGCUUUUGGAAUUGGGCUUCUGGUUGGUGCAGCACUGAUAGUUAUAAUUCCUGAAGGUAUUGAAACACUAUAUAGCGUUCAAGCUUCGUCUACCGAGGUUAAUUUAAACGGAAUUUCGCAGAGUAAGAAUGUAGAGGUUGUAAAUGAUGUCUUUGAUAAACGUGGUUGGUUGUGGAAUAACCAAGUAAAACGAGACGAGACUAGUGACGAUAUAAAACCGUCAUACGCUCUCAGUAAAAGAACCCUUGAGGAUGACACAUUUUCAACGGCUUCGGACAAAGAAAAUUCAAAUCACCAUUAUAUAGGAUUUGCAUUAAUAACAGGAUUUGCAAUGAUGUUUGUAAUCGAUCAAAUAGAUACAACACACGGGCAUUCUCACAAUCGCGUUAGUGUUGUCAGCGUCACAGAGCUUCGUUCACUUACCAAUGGAGGAGAUCGUGAAGAUGAAGAUCAUGAGAUGAUAAGUUCUUCAUCUACACAUAAAAAACCGGCAUCCGCUACGAUUGGACUUGUUAUACAUGCGGCAGCAGAUGGAAUUGCAUUAGGAGCUUCAGCAAGUGAACCAGCACUUGAGCUGAUUGUUUUUUUAGCGAUUAUGCUACAUAAGGCACCAUCCGCUUUUGGUCUGUCUACAGUUUUGUUACGUGAAGGACAUACUCGUAGGCAGGUCCGGCAACAUUUGUUGGUUUUUGCAUUAGCCGCUCCAUUGUCCGCACUUGUGACAUAUACUUUACUGCAAAGAAACAACGAGUUAGAUCCAACCGGUAUGAAAUGGUGGACCGCGAUGUUAUUACUUUUUUCCGGGGGCACAUUCUUGUAUGUUGCGAUGCAUGUAAUGCAAGAUAUUAUUAGCAGUGCAAAAGAUGGUGGAAUCAACGGAGGACAUGGCGGUAAAUUAGAAAAAUCGCAUAUUGGUUUCAUGCUAUUAGGAAUGUUUCUACCGUUGGUACUACAUUUCGAACAUGGACAUUAA